AGAGCGCGCGCUAGCGCGAGAGAGCGAGUGAGCAAGCGAGCAGAAAAGAGGUGGAGAGGGGGGGAAUAAGGAAGAGAGGAGGAAAGGAGAGGAGGCAGGAAGAAGGCAAGGGACGUUACAACCAUGCUGUGCUGUAUGAGAAGAACCAAACAGGUGGAAAAAAAUGAUGAGGACCAAAAGAUCGAGCAGGAUGGCAUCAAACCAGAAGACAAGGCGCACAAGGCCGCCACCAAAAUCCAGGCCAGCUUCCGUGGACACAUAACAAGGAAAAAGCUCAAAGGCGAGAAGAAGGGCGAAGCCCCGGCUGCUGAGGCUGAUGCCAAGGAGAAGAAGGAGGAGACUCCCCUGGCCGAUGGCGUGGAGAAGAAGGAGGGAGAAGGUCCUGCGGCCACCGCCACCGACGGGGCCCCCGCCGGCCCCAAGCCCGAGCAGGAUGGCAAAGCAGGCGACGCUCCAGCAGGCGAGGAGAAGAAGGGGGACGGCGCCCCCGACGCCGCCACGGAGCAGGCGACCCCCAAGGAGGAGAAGGCUGGCUCUGCGGAGACAGAGAGGGCCACCAAAGCUUCCACCGACAACUCGCCGUCCUCCAAGGUCGAAGACGGCCCCGCCAAGGAGGAGCCCAAACAAGCCGAUGUGCCUGCUGCUGUCACUGCUGCCGCUGGGUCCCCUGCCGCAGAGGAUGGGGCUGCCCAGGCCACUGCCCCGCCCCCGACGGAGGAUGCCGAGGGCAGCCAAGCUGAGAAGAUAGAAGCUGUAGAUGAAACCAAACCUAAGGAAAGUGCCCGACAGGAUGAGGGUAAAGGAGAAGAACGUGAGGCGGACCAAGAACAUGCCUGAACUUUAAGAAAUGGCUUUCCACGCCCCUGCCCUCCCCUUUCCUGAAUCCUGUUUCUCCCCCAACCCUCUUCUAAAAAUCCACUCUGAAGUUUCCCUUCCUGUCCUGCUCACACGUGUGAGUCUGUCCUUGCCCUCCUACUAGCCCUACUUCUCUCUGUGUGGCAAACAUUUAAAAAAAAAAAAAGCAGGAAAGAUCCCAAGUCAAACAGUGUGACUUAAAUAUUUUUUGUUUCUUGGUGUUGUUAUGGCGAGUUUUUGGUAAUGAUGAUUCAAUCAUUUCGGGAAAUUCUUGCACUGUAUCCAAGUUUUUUGAUCUGGUGCGUGUGGCCCUGUGGGAGUCCACUUCCCUCUCUCUCUCUCUGUUCCAAGUGUGUGUGCAAUGUUCCGUUCAUCUGAGGAGUCCAAAAUAUCGAGUGAAUUCAAAACCAUUUUUCUUUUGCUUCCUUUUCAAUGUGAUGGAAUGAACAACAAAAGGAAAAAAUUAAAAAAAACCCAGUUUGUUUUAAAAUAAAUAAAUAAAUAAGUAAAUAAUAAAGCAAAUGUGCCAAUUAGCGUA